CGCGCUCCCUGACGCGGCGCUCGGCUCCCCCAGCUCCGUGGGCUCGCGGAGACGGAGCCGGAAGCGCCCAGGUUUGAACCCCGAGCCCCUCUUUUUUUCAAGGGGUAGCCGAAUUCCCCUCCUCCUCCAAUCCGCUUCCUCUUUUCUCCCUCGUUUACUCCGAGACCGAAGUCCCCACUUGGGGCGGAGCCGUGAGGUGCAAGCUCUCGGACCCGGAAGCGGCGCGGUGUCCCUCCUCCGCCAUGGAGUCCACCGCGCCUUCCCUCACCGAGGAGGACCUGACUGAAGUGAAGAAGGACGCUUUAGAAAAUUUGCGUGUAUAUCUGUGUGAGAAAAUCAUAGCUGAGAGGCAUUUUGAUCAUCUACGUGCCAAAAAAAUACUCAGCAGAGAAGACACUGAAGAAAUUUCUUGCCGAACAUCAAGCAGAAAGAGAGCUGGAAAACUGUUAGACUACUUGCAAGAGAACCCCAGAGGACUAGACACCCUCGUUGAAUCUAUUCGACGAGAAAAAACCCAGAACUUCCUAAUACAGAAGAUUACAGAUGAAGUGCUGAAGCUGAGAAAUAUCAAGCUAGAACAUUUGAAAGGACUGAAAUGCAGCAGCUGUGAGCCGUUCCCAGGUGGAGCCACAAACAUCUUGUCCAGAUCCAAUUCCGAUGAGAACAGCUUCUCUGAGAAACGGAGAGCCUCCGUCAUGUACCAUCCGGAAGGAGAGUCCAGCACGGCUCCCUUUUUCUCAACAGAUUCUUCUCUGAAUUUGCCUGUCCUAGAAGUAGGCAGAACUGAAAAUACCAUCUUCUCUUCAACCACACUUCCUAGACCUGGGGACCCCGGGGCUCCCCCUUUGCCGCCAGAGCUGCAGUUAGAAGAGCAGGUUCCUUGUUCGAACUCGAGUGAGAUGUUCCUUCCCUUGCGGUCCCGUGCUCUUUCGCGGCAGUGACGGCGCCCUGCAAUUUCAACUGCUCAGCAAUGACAAAAAGUGUCCUAAGGGAGACAGCUCUUACAAAACUUCUUCAGUGGUUUAUUUACAUUUGAUAUGUGUCUUAUAAAAUGCAAUUUUAAACACACUUUGUAAAUAGGAUAUUUUAGAGAAAAAGAAAUAUACUUCAGAAUAGAGCAAUAUGUAAAUCAUGUUGAUCGUGUGCUUUUCUGUAUUUUUUGUUUUUAGGUGCUUUGUGUUCAGAUAUUUCACAUUUAAGACUAAUUUUAAUGAACAUUUCUGUAUUUGAAAGUGGAUUCUGGAGCUUAAAAUGACUUUUCUAUCUGCAUUUUUACUAGAAAUUUUCUAAUGGUCCUUUCUAACUACUAAGCAGUAAAUUCUCAGCAUUAAGCUGUUCCUAUCUUGAAAUAAACCCAAUCACUGAAGGCAAAACUGCCAGCAUACUCAGUUGGUCUUACAGGCUUGUACAGAGUCUCCUUAGAAUACAUGCGGAACUUGAGCCCCUGAAAACCUCAGUUGGCUUCAUUUCAUGUUAACACUGCUUUCUCAAGAUUUUCACAUUUUUUAUCGUUUUCAUUCUUACCAAAAUUGUCCUGUCAUAAGCCUCAUGUCAUGUAAUUUGAUGAGAUUUUAAAAGAUGUUUUCAGG